AUGGCCGGAAAGAAGCUAAUAUCAGAUUUCAUAAUGUCCUUCAUGUGGGUAUGGUCAAGCGUGAUCAUCAAGAUUUUUGUGUUCAAGGUGUUGGGGAUUGGGCAUGAUGCCAAAGGUGAAGUUGUCAAGUGUGCUCUCUCCAUCAUCAAUAUGUUCUUCUUCGCAUUCUUGGGUAAGGUCACCAAAGGAGGGGCCUACAAUCCCCUCACCAUAUUGUCAGGUGCCAUCUCUGGUGAUUUCAGUAACUUCCUCUUCGUUGUUGGUGCUAGAAUUCCUGCUCAGAUGGGUUAUUGGGAUUCUUCUGUUGAUUUUGCUAUUUGCAGCAACAGCUGA